AUGGAUAAAGAGAGGAAGAUACAGCUCAAGAGAGUAUUUGGAUGUUGCUGGGUGAGGUUUCUAAUUGCAGAUAUAACUGGAGCAGAUGUUUUUGUGGCCCUCAAAGGGGUGUUGAAGUCCUCAUGCAUCAAUCCAGGGCUCUCCCUGAGCAUCCAGGUUGAUUGGGCCCUGUGGUCCUUUAUGACCCCUCUCCACUCAGCAGAGGUAGGUGUGACUUUCCCAUGCAGUGGAGCUUGCUACUGUUUUCUCAAGAGGUGUUUUGGCAAUAUGAUCUCUUUCCUGAAUCUCUGGACCACCUUUCUGGGUCCAGGGCUCACUGCCAGGCAGGCUCUGCUCCUUGCCUAGUACAGUAUCCAGCCUUUGUAUCCCAGGUGCUCUGCUCCAAAGCUGCUGAAGAAAUGUCUGGCGCUGGGAAUUCUGAGUUCUUGUGGUGUGAGAGAGGUGACUUGGCUUCAGAUAGCCAGCAUGUUGCUGGAAAUGGCCACACUCGGCCUUGUUUCCCUAAGCGCAGUAGUGUUGCUGGUAAAAGUGAGGAAGGAGAAUCUAGAAUUAUUUCCGAACUCUUUCAAUGCUGAGUUUCUAGAAGCCUCCCAGUUGACAGAAGCCAUCUUCCAAGGAUAUUUUGCAUAUUCAGGUGGGGGAUGCUUUACGUAUCCAGCAGGGGAGCUCAAGAAACCCAGAAAAACAAUUCUAAAGAACAUAUUUCCUGCAUUCCCUCUGGUAACUCUUGUUUAUUUACUGGUUAACAUUUCCUACCUGACUGUUCUGACACCCAAGGAAAUUCUCUCUUCAGUGGCUGGCCCCAUUCUCAGGCUAAAUUUGGCGUUCGCACGGUCACAUAUGGCCCACAAGGCACAGCUCUACCAAGAUGACCUGUAG